AUGACCACUAGAACAAUCUAUCCAAGAGAAACCAUACAUUCCUGUGUAUAUUUCUUCCAUCAAAUAGCUAAUGCUGCCGAUACUUAUGACAUGCCUGUUGAUGACUCCAUCAACAAUCUCAGAUUAAACAAAUCAAACCUUCUUGAUCCUUAUGAAUAUCUUCCUACUCAAUCGACUGAGAAAUGGGAUAUCACUAUAAGAUCUAUGGAGGAUAUCUGUAAUUGGUUGCAACGUCAAGUUUCAGUAGACGAAUAUCAAUCUAGAAAUUCGUUCAUUGGACAUUUUAAUUACCAGACGAAUCAAAGGAGAGAAGCUCAUAAAUACGGUAAUGAUCUAAUUGUUGGUCUUACGGUAAUAGAAUUAGCACGUGUUUUAGAAAAGAUAAGAGGAAAUUCUGAAAACCCUAUAUUGACUCAAGAUACUGAAUACAUUACGACUAUAUCUAUGGCGGUUAUUCUCUCUAGACUCGCUUGCAUACCUAAACCUAGUGGAUCUGUCACUCAGAUCUGGGAAAUAACAAAUGGUAAAGUGAUUCAUAAAAUGUUGAUUAAUAACGCUCAUAUUAUUUCAGAUGUCCAUGACUAUUGGUCUCCGAAUCUAGAAACAGAAGAUGAUAAGAAAAGAGAUAGAGUUGGUAUAUUCGUCGAAGCGGUUUUACGCCCGUUUCUACCAGAUCAAAGAUGGGAUAAUACUUCUUUGACUCGGACAGCUCUUGAAGCAUCAAGGACACUAAAUGCUAGAGUCAAUGAUCUAACCCCUCAACCUCAUGGUCUUUCGAACAAUCAAUCACCUCAUUCUAUAUCACCUCAUUUGGCUCACCAGAGGGGCAAUCAAGACAAUGAUCACGGUGCAGGAUCUGUCGGUCUUGUCCGCACACCACGUCAUAUUGGAACUCCAAAAACACAUCCUUAUACACAACGUUCUAGACCCAGCCCUCUCCGAAACAGUGUGGUUCCUGACAAUCAAUCAGAUGAACCUACACCAUCUUCAAGCGCAAACGCGUUGUCCACUGCAAGCAAUGCCUACCUUCACAGACAAUAG